AUGUCUUACCAACAGCAGCAGUGCAAGCAGCCCUGCCAGCCUCCUCCUGUGUGCCCACCCACAAAGUGCCCAGAGCCUUGUCCUCCCCCAAAGUGCCCAGAGCCUUGUCCCCCCCCCAAAUACCCAGAGCCAUGCCCUCCUCAGCCAUGCCAGCAGAAAUGUCCUCCUGUGCAACCUCCUCUGCCCUGCGAGCAGAAGUGCCCACCGAAGAGCAAGUGA